AAUAAACAAUCAUCACUGCAAAACGCAGAAACUACACUAACAUUUCUUUUUCUUCACUUUCUUCAGUUUCAGUUCAUUCCACCAAAAUUCAAAAUUCUCCGAGAGAAGAGAGAGAGAGAGAGAGAGUGAUGGGUUGCGUUUCUUCCAAUCUUCUCAACCGAGACGAAGAAUUCACCCAACUGGGUUCCUCCGCCUUGGGCCACCACAUCGUCUCCCUCACCUCCACCACCUACGGCCUUCUCACCCUCGACCCACCGCACACAACCACCCCUUCUACACCUCCUUCACGUUUCACCCUAGCCUCUCUUUUCCCCUCCGAACCAAACUCCGAACCCAAGUCCCUUUGGUCCGAACCAAGACCCUUCCGAUCCGAACCCGAGAUCAUAAACUCAUGGGAACUCAUGUCCGGUCUCGACACCGAAAGCUUCCGCUUUUCCAAAGAAAACUCCAACCCUAACCUCCUCACUCCCACCAAACCCGGUCCAACGCCACCGAACCGGUUCGAGCGAAUAUGUCCCCCGAGCGGGGAAAACCGCGUGGUGAUCUACACGACGACGUUGCGCGGCGUGCGGAAAACGUUCGAGGCGUGCAACGCGGUGCGCGCGGCGUUCGAGGCCUUGGGCGUGGCUAUCUGCGAGCGUGACGUGUCGAUGGACAGCGGGUUCCGGGAGGAGCUGAAAGGGUUGCUGAAGGGGAAGCAGAGAGAAGCGAUGGUUCCCCCGAGAGUGUUCGUGAAGGGCCUCUACAUCGGUGGCGCCGAGGAAAUGCUGAAGGUCGCCGAAGAUGGUAUUCUCGGAGAACUGCUUAAGGGGUUGCCGAAGAAGAAGGUUGGUGCUGUUUGUGAGGGUUGCGGGGACAUGAGGUUCUUGCCUUGCUUCAACUGUAAUGGCAGUUGCAAGAGUGUUGUUAAGGAAGGGGGAAGAGUAUUUGUUGUUAAGUGUCUCCAUUGCAAUGAAAAUGGCUUGAUCUUGUGCCCUGUUUGUUCUUGAUUACUUUCCUGCCAUAAUAAUAUUACUCUUAGUCUCUCUUUUCGUGUAAUCACUGUCUUCUGAUCCUGCUUUACUUGUUGCUUCCUCCAGUAACAAUUUUCUGAAAUCAUCUUCAAGGCAAUCAAAAUGGAAUUGCAAAUGUGAAAAAAGAAAAAUGAAAAAAGGUAGUCACAUUCUUGCAUUCCAUAUAUGUAUCUAUAAAAAAACUACAUUGUUUUUAUGACUUGUAUGAAGAACAGGUAUCUCAGGAUAUAUAACAAAUUCUAUUUAAUGUUAACCAAGUUACAGUACUAGAAGUUAUUGAAAUGAAUAAUUCAAAAAAGUUGAAGUUGUGGUAGAAAACCUGUGUACCAAUUCUUCUCUAAUAGUCCUGUUAUAAACAAGAAAAUAAAAUUUCUGUAUGUUCUGUUUUCA